AUGGCGUACCUUAGGGGCACCUUUUGUGUGAGAUACAGGACAACAUCAAGAUGUGAAGGGAUCAAUGCUUUCAUUAAGGGCUUCCUUAAAUCAACUGAUAGCAUGUUAGAACUUGUGCAUAGUUUAGACCGUGUUGUGAAAGACUAUCGAAACAAUGAAAUUACAGCCCAAUUCUACUCAACGUACUAUAGUCCGGUGCUGACGACUGGCCUUGUUUCGAUCAAGCUAUUUGCAUCAAAGGUGUAUACACGAGCAGUCUUUAGUGAAGUGAAGAAACAAAUUAAGAGUGUCGCGACGUUAUUGUUUCAGAGCAAGGACAGCAUCAGCACGACAACUGUGUACAAGUUUUCGAGAAUGGAAAAACCAAAUAAAACGCACAAGGUUUUGUUUGACCCGAACGAGGAAAAAAUAGAGUGUGAGUGUUCGAUGUGGAAUAGUGAGAGGAUUCUAUGUAAUCAUAUCUUUUGUGUGAUGAAGUACGAAGGGUUGGAAGAAAUACUGCAUGGUCUUAUUUUGAAUAGAUGGUGCAAGAAUGCAAAGGAUUGUAGAUCGACACCCAUUGAAAGUAAAGACAGCCAUGAAGGCCGUUUGCUUCGAUAUGGUGCCCUAUGUGGGGCAAUGAGUUUAGUUGCACAACUUGGGGUUGAAGAUGCUGUAGAGUUUAUUGUGGCUAGGGAUGGGAUUGCCAGUCUCACUAAGGUGCUUCAGCAGAGAUUGCAUGAGGGUUGGGUGCCAACUUGGUCUAUCGUCAUUGUCUGGGAUUAA